AUGGCAGAAACAGAACAAGAUAACCGAACAGAAAUUACGAAAUUCAAUUUGCUGGGAUUUGUAGGGCUUGGAGAGUUGCAGUUUCCUCUCUUCUAUCUUUUCUUGGUUAUCUAUAUUGUUACAGUGGUUGGGAACAUCCUCAUCAUUUUGCUGGUUGUUACUCAUCCCCAUCUUCAUACCCCCAUGUAUUUCUUCCUGGGUAAUCUGUCUUUCCUGGAGAUCUGCUACAGUUCAAGCAUUCUUCCAAUGAUGUUGUCUAAUCUCAUCUAUGGUGGAAGGAAACCCAUUUCUGUAACUGGCUGCAUGAUGCAAUAUUACUUUUUUGCCAUUUUGGCAGUUGCUGAAUGUUGUCUCCUAGGGAUAAUGUCAUAUGAUAGGUAUGUAGCAAUUUGUAAGCCGCUGCAUUACACAAUGCUAAUGAAUAGCAGAAUUUGCCUCCAGUUUAUAGUUGGAUCAUGGAUUCAUGGUUUAUUUGUUAUGAGCAUAGUUUUAUAUUUUAUGUAUCAGUUAAAAUUCUGUGGUCCCACUGAAAUUGAUCAUUUCUUCUGUGAAUUGAAUCCAAUAUUAAAGCUUGCAUGCAAUGACACUCACUUGAUUGAAAUAGUAACUAUUUUUAUAUCUGCUAUAUGUAUCUUGGUUCCUUUCUUCUGGACCUUGGAAUCUUAUAUUUUUAUUAUUUCUACUAUAUUGAAAAUGCCAUCUGUCAGUGGAAGGAAAAAGGCUUUCUCAACCUGCUCCUCACACCUCAUGGUGGUGUCCAUUUUCUAUAGUACCUUAAUGAUUGUCUACAUUUUGCCUAAAACAGAUGGACUGCGAAACAUUAACAAAGUUUUAUCUCUGUUUUAUACAAUCCUGACCCCUUUGUUUAAUCCCAUGAUAUAUAGCCUACGAAACAGGGAGGUGAAAGAGGCCCUUCGAAAAGCAGUUGCUAAAUUGUGUACAAUUGGAAGGAUGCAUCAUUGCAAUCUAUUAUGA